AUGGUGAAAUGCAGAAGAAUUCAAAAUAAUGAGAGUAGUAAAGAUGAGGAAGGGGAUAUGCCCCAACUCAUCAGUAGUCAAGACACCGCCAACGAAGAAGUGGAUAGAGGCUUAAAUGAAGCUAAUGAAAUCACACCUAGACGCAAAAAGUACAAAAAAGAAAGUACAAAAAAGUCACAGCAAAAAACUUUCAAGGAAUGUAUAAAUACAUAUCUACAAAAUGAAAAAGAAGGUUAUAAUGCAAAUCUCAGGGAACUCUCACCCAAAGUGAGCAAACGCGAUAAAAUGGAGGUGCAGAGAAGUAUAGAAGCAGACUAUCCGACCAAUAACAGAGAUUUGCUAGACAAAAUUCAAAAAGAAUAUCCAACCGAAACCGCUACACAUAGAAAUGUAGUAACUACAAGUACACCUAAAACUAACGCUGAUUCAAAUAGAUUAAAACAGGUUAAUUUCAAAAGACGAAGGGAUAGUCUUAAAAACGGAAGAACACUUGUCAAUUCACUAGAAAGAUCUGACUUUCAAGAAGAAAGUCCAAGACAACCACCUGCCAAGAAAGGCAGGUGUAAAAUAAACCCAGUAUCAUCAAAAUUGCGAACUGAUCAUGAAAAGGAAUAA